AUGAAGGAGUUCAGUUUUGUGGAGCUGAAAGCUGCCACCAGAAGUUUCAAGUCGGAUUUAUUGCUUGGUGAGGGUGGUUUUGGCAAAGUUUACAAAGGUUGGUUGGAUCACAACACACUCGCACCUGCAAAACCUGGCUCUGGAUUCGUCGUUGCUGUCAAAAAAUUGAAGCCUGAAAGUGUUCAGGGAUUGCAAGAGUGGCAGUCGGAAAUAAACUUUUUAGGAAGGGUUUCUCACCCAAACCUAGUGAAGUUAUUGGGUUACUGUUGCGAUGAGGGAUUUCUCCUUGUGUACGAGUUCAUGCCAAGGGGAAGCUUGGAGAACCAUCUUUUUGGGAGAAAUGCUAGCAGGGAACCACUCUCUUGGGACACCCGAAUCAAAAUAGCUAUUGGUGCUGCUCGGGGCUUGGCUUUCUUGCACACCUCAGAAAAGCAAGUCAUAUACAGAGAUUUCAAAGCCUCCAAUAUACUACUUGAUGGGGAUUACAAUGCCAAAAUUUCUGAUUUUGGCUUGGCUAAAUCAGGGCCUUCCGGGGAAGAUUCACACGUAACUACAAGGAUCAUGGGCACAUUUGGCUAUGCUGCUCCAGAAUACAUGGCAACAGGCCACUUGUAUGUGAAGAGUGAUGUUUAUGGUUUUGGUGUAGUUCUGCUUGAAAUGCUGACAGGGUUGAGAGCACUUGACACGAAGCGCCCCAAUGGGCAGCAGAACCUGGUUGAAUGGAUUAAGCCUUCUCUCUCUGAUAAAAGAAAUUUGAAAACCAUUAUGGAUAGUAAAAUAAAGGGUCAGUAUUCAUCCAAGGAAGCAUUGAAAGUAGCACAACUCACUCUAAAAUGCCUUCAAAAUGACCCUAAAAAUCGGCCCUCUAUGGAAGAUGUUUUGGACACUUUGGAAGGCAUUCAAGGUAUUAUCAAGCAUAGAAUGAAAGCAUCCAAGAAACAACGUACUAAGUUAGCAGCUAUGAACAAUUUCCAACAGCCAAGGAAUGAAAUGUAA